UAUAUACUAUAAUAUGUGCGAGAGAAAGAGAGUGAGGGAACACCGUUUGUUCUUGUUUUAAGAAUUCGAUAUAUAAUGAUAACACGUUCACGUGUUCAUCGUCAAAAGAGUGUCUCAGUGAGCACAAUCUUCAAGUGUCUUUUGGUUUUGAUCAAGCGUUCUAUUAAAUUCUCUUAGUCAUCUUUUCUAAUCUCUUUCCUUUCAUAGGUCUUUAGCUAGGGUUUCAGUUAGGUUUUAAAUCAAAUUAAUAAAUAAAAGCAAGAAUCAAUAAGAAGAAGAACCAGAGAUGGUGAGAACACCAUGUUGCAGAGAAGAAGGAAUAAAGAAAGGAGCUUGGACUCCUGAGGAAGAUCAAAAGCUUAUUGCUUAUCUUCAACUACAUGGUGAAGGUGGAUGGCGUACUCUCCCGGAAAAAGCUGGACUGAAGAGAUGUGGGAAGAGUUGCAGACUGAGAUGGGCUAACUAUCUAAGACCCGAUAUUAAGAGAGGAGAGUUUACUCCUGAAGAAGACGACACUAUUAUCAAGCUUCAUGCUCUUAAGGGUAACAAGUGGGCCACAAUAGCGACAAGUAUAGCGGGACGAACCGACAACGAGAUUAAGAAUUAUUGGAACACAAAUCUCAAGAAACGCUUAAAACAAAAGGGUAUCGAUCCAAGCACACACAAACCAAUCAAUACAACCGAUCAAACCGGUUCAGAACCAAAACACCAUAUCAGUUCAUCCGGUUCCGCAAGGCUUCUUAACCGCGUCGCAAGCAAAUAUUCGGUCGAUUCAAACCGGGAUAUACUAACCGGAAUCAUAAUAGGAAACUCCACAAACAUCGCCGACGUUUCACAAAACUCCGGCGACGUCGAUUCUCCGACCAAGAAGUCGACCUCCAUGCUGCUCAACAAUAUGGCGGCAGCGUCAAGCGCUCGCACAUCGAUUCUAAUCAACAAUGCGUCGACAUCCCCCGGUUUCUCCGACAACUGUUCUUUCACCGAUGAUCUCACUGUACUCUUUAGCAACGAGGAGAUCUCUGAUAUGUAUAUGCAUGUCGAUAAUGUUGGCUUCAUGGAAGAGCUAAAGGGUGUUUUAAGCUACGGCGUUGCUGACGCCGGACAUAUUAAAGAUACGCCUGAGGUUAACGUAACUGAUGAGAUGGACUUUCUUGAUUCUUGGAACGAAGAAGAUGAUUUAGAUUUGGAAAAGUUUGUAAGUUCGUUAGAUUCAAAGGUUGGUGUCUUUGCCUGAAGAGCUAAAGCAAAAUCAAUUACACGUUGGUUUUCCACUUAAUCGAUUCCUGUGAUGGUCCUGAUGGAUUCAUGUAUCCUGUGACGAGGCAGGAAGAAAGAGAUGUCAUAAUAAAUUAAUAAGAAAAUAAGGUUAAAUCCCAUCAAUAA